UUCCAAAAAAGUAUAGCAAGCAAGCAAAACAAAAGCAACGGAGAUGAAGGCUUCCUCUUCUGCGAUCGCCGUCGCGGUGCUCGUCGUUGUCGCGGCGUGCUCCGGCUGCGCGAGGGUGGCUGAGGCGACGAUCGAGAGCACGUGCGGGGCGGCGGCGAGGGGCGACCGGCGCGUGGACGUCCGGUUCUGCGCGUGGCAGUUCGCGGCGUACCACGGCGCGGCGGAGGCGGACGCGUGGGGGCUCGCCAAGAUCGCCGCGCUCGUCGGCGUCAACCUCGGCGACGACGCCGUCUACGACAUCGAGUCCGGCAAGAUCCGGCCUCCCCGCGGCGGAGGCGCCAGGGGGAAGGCGGCCAUGGACGCGUGCUCCAGGGCGUACGACGCCGUGGGCAUGGCCUUCGCGGAGGCCUCCGACGAGCUGGGCGCGCGCCGGUACGCGGCGGCGAGGCAGCAGAUGGCGCGCGUGGCGGCGCUCGCGCAGCGGUGCGACGGCGGCCUCGCCAAGGCCGGCGCGAAGGCGCCGCUGCCGAGGUACAGCGCCGACUGCCAGAAGAUGGCCAUCAUCGGCAUCGCCAUUACCGGCCUCCUCAAGUGAUCCGGCGCCGCGUCGAACACCUUUUGGUCGGUUCUUGCGCAGCCCGUGCUUCGCCACAAAACUAUAUUUAACACGAAAAUAGAGAGAUCAAAUAGCAAAUAAAUUUUAAAAUAAUAAAUAAAGUUAUGACGUGGUAAUUGUAAUUUUUUGUUUUGGUAUUUAUUUUUCUUUUUUUCGUUGGGGAGUGCGUGCAUUCUAGAUUUCAUUUUUUUUAUGCGUGUGGGUUCAGCUUAGAUAUUUUUAGUUUUUUUCGCAGAUAGACACGGCAUGCGUACUUUUUGGGAUUUUCUUUGCAGUUAUGUUCUUAUUAUUUUGGGGGAUUUUUUUUAUUCUUUUCGUACUAAGCAGAAAGGAGAGGAAGAAGGACGACUCGCUUUUAAGUAGCAUAGAUAUCUUACAAAGCCAAUAAAUAAACACAAUUCAAUUUCUCUUUGGUCUAGAAUAUUGCUCCAUCGAUUUGAUUUUUUUUGUCAUGUUAACUUUGUUUAGUAGUGGGAUAUACUUAGUAAAUAUUUUGUAACGUCGGAUUCAAAAUCAUGUUCUUGCCCCCACCGCACAAAAUACAACAGAUGGAGUGUUACGAUCUCAAUAUAAAAAAAGACAUGCAAAUCUUAUGCAC